GUUGCACCUGAAUGCAACAUUAUAGCGGAUGUAGCAGCAGCAGCAGCGUACAGUCCACGGGCAACCAUGUAGCGCUGGGCGCAGGAAUAUCUAGUCCGGUCUGGUUAAAGUACAAUGUUUUUUAUCUUUAUUUAUACCAAUAUCAAGACAAGAAGAUGCUUUUGUAAGGAUAGGUGAAUGCGCGCGAGGAAAGGGCGCGUGAGCGGCGGCUGAAACCGAAGCACUACUUCCCUUCGCUUUAAGGUUUGGAAGGGGAGGGGGCAUUUGGGGGGGCUCUUCCUUUUAAAAGCUCGUCUCGAAAAGGCUUUAAUGGCCUCAAAUGUUCGAACACACACGUUAGAGACGCCGAAGGAGACGGGCGUGUAGCGCUAGCGGAUACAGGGGCGAGCCUGCUGCGGUAGCUUGCACCAGGUCUGUAUCCGCGUUACCGCCCCGUCCGUCACCCCCCUCUCUCCUCGUCUCCCCGACACAACGCCGAAGACAAACUCGCGAGGCGCCGAAAUCCGCCGCGCGCCAUGGGGAAUACGACAUCCUGCUGCGUGUCGUCGAGCCCCAAGCACCGGAGGAACAACCACUCGAGACUGGAGCCCUAUCGACCGGAGCCGGAGCUCAGUCGUGUGGACACGAGCUGCAACCUCCAGCACAUCAGCGACAGAGAAAACUUAGACGAUCUUCCCAUGGAGUACAACCCUUCGGAUCACCCCAGGGCCAGCACCAUCUUCCUCAGCAAGUCACAAACUGACGUUGUGGUGCCCAACAGGAGAGUUCGAGAAAAGCGGAAGAGCCUUUACAUCAACCAUUUUACACACAUUUCGGAAAAUAAGCAUCAUCCAGGUCCCGUUAGGCGGAAGUACAGCUCGUGUUCCACUAUAUUUCUCGACGACUGCACCGUCAGUCAACCCAACCUCAAAUAUACCAUCAAAUGUGUAGCCCUUGCAAUAUAUUACCACAUAAAGAACAGAGACGUUGAUGGACAGAUGCUGUUAGACAUCUUUGACGAGAAGCUGCAUCCUCUCUCGAAAUCGGAGGUUCCUUCUGACUAUGACAAACACGAUCCCGAGCAGAAGCAGAUCUACCGCUUCGUCAGGACUCUGUUCAGUGCUGCGCAGCUCACUGCAGAGUGCGCCAUCGUCACUCUGGUGUAUUUGGAGAGGCUCCUGACUUAUGCCGAGAUCGACAUUUGCCCGUCCAACUGGAAGCGCAUCGUGCUUGGAGCCAUCCUCCUGGCUUCAAAAGUCUGGGACGACCAGGCGGUCUGGAACGUCGACUACUGCCAGAUUCUCAAGGAUAUCACCGUGGAAGACAUGAACGAGUUGGAGCGUCAGUUCCUGGAGUUGUUGCAGUUCAACAUCAAUGUGCCAUCCAGUGUUUACGCCAAGUAUUACUUCGAUCUGCGCUCGCUGGCCGAGGCCAACAACCUCAGCUUCCCUCUGGAACCACUCAGCAGAGACAAGGCCCAGAAGCUAGAGGCCAUCUCCCGACUGUGUGACGACACGUACAAGGACUUGAAGAAACUAGCCAAGAAGCGGUCUGUGAGCGCCGACAACCUGACGGUGGCGCGCUGGUGUCCAGCCAUCAUUUCCUAACAGCGGCCGCCUCCAGGGGGAGUGAACGACAGAGAGCGGCGUGGCUGCUUCAGCCAAGAGAAACAGGCCUUCACCUACAGACAGUGUGACUGUAAAUAAAGGAAGUCCCGCCGGCUGCCGCACCAAACCAAAACGCGAGUCCUGCUGGAGAUGAAAGGCAGAUAUCAAAGGACGGACUAAAACAAAUAAGCUGCAUCAUUCCCUCUGAGGUUCUCCCAGUAAAACCCUGGAUUGAAGGAGCCGUGUCCUUCCUUUUCAUUUCAAUCGAGCAUUACAUGAACUUGAUUUUAUUUUUGUACUAAAGCCUAAACAGUUCUCCAUUCUUCUGUGUUUUUGCAUUAUCAUCUAGGCGGAAACUUGCCACCGUUUUUUUCCAGAAAUUAUGAAGCCACAUAUCCAGGCAGAUAAAGCAAUAUUCCUGCAUCCCUUUUCUGAUCACUCUUUGAUAUUUGGGAGAAGAAUUGAGAUGUACUGUAGAGCUGACAUUCUUCACUGCCAUCGUCCACACCUGUGGUGCCUGUAAUAAGCUCGGUAAAACACCUCCCUCCUGUCAGAGGGGAACCAAUAA